AUGGAGCUACCCGAAAACAAGUAUGAACAUUGGAAAGCUAAGUUUAUAGACGGUCUUCCCUCCUUAUUCGCUGAAAGAGUAAGAAAAGCGUUAAGAGGUAGUUACAGUGAAAUUCUGUAUGGAAAUUAUACCUAUGGUAAACUUAUAGGAGUGUGUACACAAGAAGGAUUAAACUUGUGUAAUGAGUUGAAGCUUUCUAGACAGCUUAAGAUUGAUAAGCUUAAAGAGAAAUCUCAAUUAGGUGACUUCUGUACCCAGUUCGGUUUACCCGGAACCUCUACUCAAAGUAAGAAGAAGAAGAAGAAGAAAAACAGAUAUCAUAGGUAUCCUAACCCUGAUAGCCCGUAUAAGAAAAAGAGGUCUAGAUAUAGAUCUAAGGAAGAGCGUGAUACUAGAAAAGCGCAUCAGAAAUCUACUCGAUUUACGAAGAAUAGAUCAAAGAGAGAUCUCGCUGAUAUUAAGUGUUAUAAGUGUGGAAAAUUUGGUCAUAUCGCUCCAAAUUGCAAGCUUCAAAAGCUAAAGGCCUUAGAACUAGACGAUGGGUUACGUGACAAAGUUUAUUACUUGUUAUACACUUCCGGAUCAGAUUCUGAUUAUACUUGUUCUGAGACUGAGUCCGAAGUUGAGAUUGAUCUGAUAGAUUUAUCUGAAAGUAGUAAAGAUUUGGAUAAUACUUGCACCGCUUGUAAAGGAAUUUCCGAAUUUUCAAAUGAAAAGGGAAAAGAAAUUUCUGAUAAGAUUGAUUCGAUUAAUGAAAAUUCUGAUAUGUUUUUAGGAAUGAUGCAGGUUGUUACGGCUCAUAAGUGGUACAUUAAAUGUACUAUCUUGAUUGAUAAUAGUUUCUCUCUAACUGAUGUAGCAAUGAUUGAUAGUGGAGCAGAU